AUGUUGGUAAUCCCAGAACCCGACCUGCCGUCUUCGAGGUUGAAGCCGUCCGAAACGGCCACCCUGAAAUGCUGCUACAGGAGCUCCAGAAAUUUCACGGUCUACUGGGUCAAAAUCGUCCACAACAAAAACGGGACAUUGGCCAGUUUCGUGACUUCCCGAGUGUACGAUUUUUCCAGAGAGACGGUUGCGGGGGCGAAUGAGAACGUCAUAUGUCACAAACUGACACUUAAAAACGUCACGUUGAAGGACGCGGGCCUGUAUAAGUGUUACGUCGACGUUGGAAACUCCAGUUUGAAACACUCAGUCUACACACACGGCACCUGCCUACAAGUGUGCAAGCCAAAGACCUCCAAGAGCAUCAGUAACAGAUUUAAGAACAAUAUCAUCACAGCUGAGGGAGUUCUGCUCCUGAUUUGUGUUGUGAUCCCCGGACUUCUGCUCCUCUCCAAGGCAAAAAGGCAAACUACACUGGAAAUAAAGUACUACAAAGAACAAGAGAACCUUUAUGAGGGUCUGAACGUGGAAGAAUGCAGCUCCACAUAUCAUCAAAUCGAACCCUCCCAACUGCCACAGACUUACGAGGAUGUGGAGAACACGGUGACAAAGGAUGUUGAGCCGGAGAAACCCUGA